AUGCCGUACCCGUUUGUGCUCCCGACCACGUCGGCCUUUGCCUUUUCCAACGCCUUCACCUGCGGCUCGCACCCCUCGCUGCCCCUCAGCGCCAGCACCUACCGCGGCGUCGUGCGCGACACGCUCAAGAAGCACAAACGUCUCGGCGGGGCCAGCGCGCAAAGCUCCAACCUCGCCGUCGUCGUCUCUAGCAUCGAAGCCUACCUGCCGUACCUCCUCACCAUUGACGCCGGCCUGACGGGCGGCGGCACGACCGUUGUUUCAGUCGCGCCCAAGAAUGCGCUGCUCAUCGAGUGGCGGCCCACGCUCUCGGGAGAGGUCGUGCCUGGCCGGGAGCGCACACGCAUCAAGAUUGUGAGCCUGGAACACGAAGUCUUCUUUGUACUAUCGACGCUGGCGUUUGCGCACGUCUCGACGGCGCGCGCGUGUCUGCAGCCGCUACACUCGCGGACGGGCGACGUUCUCGACGCCCAGCAGCGCACGGCCGCCGUUACGACGGCCACAAAGCACCUCUUGGAGGUUGCGUCUAUAUAUGACUACCUCGGACGGCGUAGUAGCGAAUCGCCGCCGCCUUGUGUGGACGUGAGUCCAUCGACGGCCAGCGCUCUGUCGUCGCUUGCACUGGCCGAGGCGACCCUCCUCGCCAUCCUCAAGGACGAUCCCUACCCCGCUGCCGUCGCGCAGGACCGCAACGUCAACGACAACGAGUGGAUGUACAAGGCGCCCGACAUCCCCAAGGUGCGCGCGCAUCUCUUUGCGCGCCUGGCCCUAGCCGCGUCCGAGCACGCCGCCAAAGCCCUCGCGCUGUGCCAGAGCGCCGCCGCUGCGCCGGGCGUUAAUAGCAGAAUCAGCCCUCAUCUGACCAAGUACAUGGAGGACCUGCGACGCACGAGCCGCGCCAAGGCCUGCCGUUUCUUUGGUAUUGACGCAGAGCUCGGUGGUGAGACGGCGGACGGCAUCGGCUGGGCGCGUGCAGGCCUGCAGGAACUUGGAAUUGAUAUCUCUGAAAAGAACAAGAAGAGCAGCAGUGGUUUAGGACUUGGCAGGUUGAAAAAGGAGUUCAAGGAACGGAGAGAGGAUCGCAGGGUCGACGGCGAUGGCUCCGCCUGGGGCUCCGACGCAGGCAAGCUCGAGGAGACUCGAAUAUUGGAGCUGCUAGACGCCAAAUGGAGCAAUUUGAACGACACGAUGAACACAAAGGCGGUUCCGUCUCCCGCGACGUUGCUGCCAAAAAUGCCCUCUGGGCGCGACAUUCACACGAUAAAGCCCUAUUCGCCCCCGACGCUGGGACAAGAUGUGAUGGAUGCCAUGAGAGCAACGCCGGCGCGGGAAGAUGAUUUGGAUGGGGAUUUGAGCUCCGACGCGGAUGACGCAGGACCGUCGAACCCGCCAGGUGCUUAUCCUGGAGGAGCUGAGUACUCUGGGGGUCGGCCGACGGUAAACACAUACUACUAA